AGAACAAAUCUCUCCUUUAUAUGUUUCAUUCAGUAUUUGCUAGAUUUGAAAAACAACUGCUAAAUACAAGUGAAUAAGUAGCUAUUUUAAUCAGGAAUUGCAAUAAUGGUAUUAGGCUUUUAUUAAACUCGCCUUUGUCGUCUGUUUAAACAUACUGCAGAAGGGCAGAAAAGAGAAAGAGAUAGGUUAGAGAAGGAGGAAAAAAUAAAUCUGUCAUAAUAAGAUAAUCCCCUAAAAUAAACAACACGGUCUGUCUCUCACUCUCGCUCAGUCACUUUGGCUUUUCCCUCUCUUAUAUAUUUACAUUUACUCUGUAUGAUGAUCGGGUCAAAAAAAGAAUAAAUCAACCGACCGGCCUAUUUAUUGCAUAGCAUCACUUUUCUUUCUUUCUUUUUCUUUUACUUUCUAAAUAUUUUCUUAUUCCACUUUUUAUACCAUGGAUGAAAAGAAGAAGGUUGAAUUUGAAGAACAUCAACACAUCGAACAUGAAGACGAGAUAUCACCUGAGUUAGAAUUAUUGUUACACACUGAUCCCUCUCAUGGUUUAACAAGCUCUGAGGUACAAGAGAGACAAGCUAAAUUUGGUAUGAAUGAAUUACCAGAGAAAAAAACGAACCCAUUCCUUAAGUUCUUUGGUUACUUUACCGGCCCCAUCUCCUACUUGAUUGAAAUCUCUUGUAUUAUUGCUGCUGUUGUCGGCGAUUGGAUCGAUUUUGGUAUCAUUCUCGCCUUGCUCAUCAUCAAUGCUGUCAUUGGUUAUAUUGAAGAAGCAAAAGCCGAAUCUGCUUUGGAUGCUUUGCGUCAAACUUUGGCUCUCAAGACACGUAGUUAUCGUGAUAAUGAACUGACUGAGGUGGACGUCAAGGAGCUCGUGCCUGGUGACAUUAUUGUGCUUCGUAUUGGUGACAUUGUUCCUGCUGAUGCUCGUCCCUUGGGUCUUGGUGUCAACGGUGAAGAGAGCGAAGCUGAGCUUAUGAUUGAUCAAUCAGGUCUUACUGGUGAAUCUCUUUUGGUUGCCAAAAAGAAGGGAAGUACAGUCUAUUCUUCAAGUAUUAUUAAACAGGGUCAACAACUUGCUAUUGUCACAAAAACGGGUACAAAUACAUUUAUUGGUCGUGCAGCCAAUCUGAUUGCUAUUACCGCUGAAGAAGGUCAUUUUCAAAAAAUUAUUGGUAAGAUUGGUAAUGUCUUGAUCUGGUCCACUGUUAUUUUGGUCUUGAUUGUCUUUAUCUAUCAAAUGGUUCAUUUUCGUGGCACACCUCAAGGCAACUGGAAGAUCGUAUUGGAAAAUUGUCUUGUCUUAACUGUAGCUGCCAUUCCUGUAGGUCUGCCUACUGUCAUGUCUGUGACAAUGGCUGUGGGUGCUAAACAAUUGGCUGCCAAACAAGUCAUUGUAAAACGUUUGACUGCUGUUGAAGAAUUGGCUUCUGUCUCUGUUCUUUGUUCUGAUAAGACCGGUACACUAACUCUGAACGAAUUGACUUUUGACAAACCUUGGUUGACGAAUGGUUAUUCUGAGCAAGACAUUUUGCUCUAUUCUUAUCUGGCUGCAGAGCCAGGUGCUAACGAUCCUAUCGAGUCUGCUGUUCGUCGUGCUGCUGAGGGUCAACUUGACAUUCUCAAAAACCGCGCUAAUGCUCGUGAAAUCCCUGGUUAUAAAGUAACAAAAUUCUCUCCAUUUAAUCCCGUUACAAAAAUGACACAAGCUACUAUUCUUGACUUGGCUACAAAUGAAAGUUUCCACGUUGCUAAAGGUGCUCCUCAAGUCAUCACUAGCCUUGUGGGUGGCGAUGAUGAAGCUGUUCACGCUGUUAACUCUCUUGCUCGUCGCGGUUUGCGUGCUCUUGGUGUAGCCAAGUCUGUUGUUGGUAGUACUGAAAAGUUUGAAUUAGUCGGCAUGAUUUCUCUUUUGGAUCCUCCUCGUCCUGAUUCUCUCUCUACUAUUGCUGAAUGUAAUGCACUUGGUGUUGAUGUGAAAAUGAUUACUGGUGAUCAAUUGAUUAUUGCUAAAGAAGUAGCUGCUCGACUUGGCAUGGGCCGUGUUAUUCUUGAUGCGAAUCAUUUAGUGGACCCCAACAAAUCUGAAGACGAAGUUACUGAACACUGUGUGCGUGCAGAUGGUUUUGCUCAAGUGAUUCCUGAACACAAAUAUCGCGUGGUUGAAUUGUUGCAAAACAAGGGUCUCUUGGUUGGCAUGACUGGUGAUGGUGUAAAUGAUGCCCCUGCUCUUAAGAAAGCAGAUGUAGGUAUUGCAGUUGAAGGUUGUACUGAUGCUGCUCGAUCUGCUGCUGAUAUUGUCUUGCUUGCACCGGGACUUUCUACAAUCACAGACGGUAUUGUCACUUCUCGUGCUAUUUUCCAGCGUCUUCGUUCUUAUGCCCUUUACCGUAUCACUUCUACUAUUCAUUUUUUGCUCUUUAUGUUCAUUGUUACCUUGGUUGAAGAUUGGACUAUGCCUGCAGUACUUUUGAUCAUGAUCUGUGUAUUGAAUGAUGCUGCUACUCUGGUCAUUUCAGUUGACAAUACAGAAAUUUCCGAGAAACCAGACAAGUGGCGUAUUGGUCAAUUGCUCACUUUAUCUUUUGUACUCGCUGCUUUGUUGGCUGCUUUGUCCUUUGCUCAUUUCUAUGUAGCUCGCGAUGUAUUCCAUGUGACAGAUAAUGAAUUGCACUCCAUCAUGUAUUUGCACAUCUCUUCAGGUAAUUUUAUUUUAUGGUAUAUAAUAGAUUUACUUAUAUCGUAUAUAGCACCGCACUUUGUGAUCUUCUCAACACGUGUGCCUGGCUAUUGGUUCAAGAAUAUGCCUAACUGGAUCUUUACUGUCUGUAUCAUUGGUACACAAGUCAUUGCUUUAUUCUUUUCUGUUUAUGGUGUCUUUGGUGAACAUGAAGGUGUUGCUCCUUGUGGCUAUCCUUGGGGUUUAUCUGUACUUGGUAUUUCGCUUGUUUAUUUCAUGAUUCUUGAUGUUGUUAAGGUUCAAAUCUUCCGCUACUGGAGCUUUGAAAUGACAGCCAAAAUGGUGCCUACCAAGACACGCCGAACAAAGCUGGCUAGUCGUAAACAAUUGGAAAAGAAAGGACAACAGCUUGAAACAUCUUGGAAAAAGAUUGAAGACUCUGUUGCUGCUUCUUCUAUUGCUGUUGCCUUCCAAAAUUAUGCACAACGCGCCAACUAAAAAAAUUAACUUCCCUUUUUUAUAUUAUAUUAUUCUGAAUUAGUAGUC